AUGAAUAAAUUAGGAUGGUAUAAAGGAAAAGCUGCACUAACACUAGAUCAGCUUUAUGAAAAAGAAGCUGAUCCUGAGGAAUUUAAAAGAAAAUAUCUCCCGAAUGUACAAACAAAACGAGUUAAGUCUGAAACAAAGAAACCAGAAAAAGUUUCAACAAACAAUAGUAAAAAGUCUAUCACCAAAACGAUUGAAAAGAAACCCAAAAAGCUAAAUGAAUUAACAGAUGAAGAAAAAAUAGAACUAAUGUUCAGAAAAAAAAAUGCAAAACCAGUAUCUUCUAUCCCUAAAACGGUGUUAAACCAAUUCAAAAAACCUAGUGUUAUGCAAAAAAGAAAAGAGACACCUUCUAACCACUCUCAAGAACAACGAUAUGAUGAUUUUAUUGAUGAUGAUUUUAAACAAAAUUAUGAUGAUGAUUAUGAUGAUGUGGGAUAUGCAGGAAUGGUUGCAGAAGAAGAGAGAUUAGCAGAAGAAGGCAGAAGAGAAGAUGAAGCAGAGUUAUUAGCAUUGAAACAUUCAGGAAAGUAUAGUAAUGAUUUUUAA